AUAUCGAUAGUCGCAUAGAUACUUAGUGAAAUUUUACGUUUUAUGUUCAUAUACAUAAAGUAUAAAAGUCAAUUCAGAACGGAUUGUAUAGAAAGAUGCAUUUCUGACCUUCUUACGCCCGAGUUCCCUUGUCCGGACAUGGCUGAAAAAUUUCAGAGGGUCUACAACACCAGGAGUAAAAAGAGGUCCGUGGAAGCCCAGGAGAAAGAACUGGUGACUGUCGAACUGUCAGACAGUGAAGAGGAAAAAGAAGAAGAUGCUGAAUCAAAAUUGCCAGAUUGUGCCAUAUGCCUUCAGUCGUGCAGUCAUCCUGCGCGAUUACCCUGCCGGCAUAUAUUCUGCUUCCUCUGUAUAAAAGGGGUCGCAUUGAACAGCCGUAAAUGUCCAUUGUGCCGGGCUCACAUUCCUGCCGACUACCUUCACAACCCCGAUAUACUUGAAGUGCCUAAGCCGGCCCAGGCAGCCGGGCAUGGGACUUACAAGUGGUACUACGAGGGGCGAGAUGGUUGGUGGGAAUACGAUGCAAGGACGACUGUAGACCUCGAACAGGCAUAUCAGGCUAACGAGGACACGAUAGAAGUUCUCCUUGCCGGCAGCGUGUUCAUAAUAGAUUUCCGCAAUAUGGUUCAAUUGAGGAAGGUCGGAUACGGCAGGAUGAGGAGGCUGAAACGUGACAAAGCCGGUCUGCCGAGCAAAGGCGUCGCCGGGUUGAGGAGGCACCGGCAGCUACCCUCUAUACCUGUACAAUCUGGAACCAACUUGGGAGCACGACCAGUUGAGCCGCGCAUCGAGGAUUAUAAUUAUACAUUCGAUAAUUACAUCAAUGAAGAAAUAGAAAAUAGUGACGACUACGAAGUUUCCGACAACGAUGAAGAUUAUAGUUUUCGUGAUAGUUUGGGCCAUUAUAUUGAAGGCGACAUCGAUUUCGAAUACAACGGGAGGGAUUGCUAUGAGUGUCUGCCGGAAUUAGACAGUGAUUGACAUUACCACUGAUAUGUACAAAAUGAUUGUAUAUUUUUUUGUUUAAAUUCUGUAAUUUUGCGCAAGCUUAAAAUAGCCAACAAUUUCCUAUUUAUGUAGGAUGCGGCUACCUAUAAGAAAAACUUCAAAUCUAUUUAAAAUUAUUAGUUGUUACUUGUGAAACUAUAAUUGUUAUUUAAAUUUUAUAAUUCAUAUC